AUGAGUGCCAAAGCGGGUGGAAGAGCAAGCAGAACAGCAAAACACCACGACCAGCCGCUCAAAUACGUGCGAUUCGACGGGCUGCGAAAGGCGGCCGAGUUCUCGUUGCAGGAAACCGUCAAUAAACUCACUCUUGACAAGCUUGUUGAGUGUUAUCCGGAGGUGGACCGCGCAACAUUGGCAGACUUCCAGCAGCAGAUCACAGACAUGUGGACGUCCAAGGCUCUGGACGAGUUCCAGGGCAUCUAUGAGGAGAAGGACCUUGAACAGAGGCUCAACGAGCUCGAUGAGAUCGUGUACGAGUCGCAACAACGGCAAACACGAAAAGACGCUGCUUUUGAGAUACACCGGCUCGCGCCGCACGAGAUUGUGGAAAACCGGCUGAUCAACCUGAAACAGCGAUCCAUCGACGUGCUGGCGACCAAAUUGGCGUCGCUCAAGUCAGAAAAUAGUGCGCUGGUGAGCCAGAUAAAACAGCUCCACAACGAAAGCGUGGACAACUUCCGCAGCGUCGAGACGUCGAUCGGCCAGCUGGAGAGUCUCGACCAGAUGCGCGACCAGCUCAGCGACGAAAGGUUCGAGCAACUGCUCAAAUAUAUCACCGAAAAGUGUUUCUAG